AUGAGCUCCUUCUUCACAGCAACCUUGACUGGCAAGAAGGGUAGCGGCGACAAGAGUGCCAAGAAUCGCUCCAGCGGUUCGCGCGCUUCUGGCUCGUCCAACACCGGUCAGUCUUCAUCAUCAUCCCACGCAAACGAUCCCAACUCGUCCACAUCUUACAACCGCACGGCCCAAUCCCAGUCUCAGCCCGCAUCCUCUAGCUCUAGCGGCUACACAGGCUACAGCACAACAAACGGGCGUCGAGAGGAAGCGGCCGCAAAGGCCAACAUGACAAACGCUUCCUUCGAUGACAUGGUGCGGUCCGCCGGCAUCGACAUUAUGCCCGUGUCCAACGGCACAAUCCGAGCUGUCCCGCCGCCCACCGCCGAGUUUGGAGGACCUCCUAACUCAUACGCUGCAAGCAGUAUGAGCGGACACUCGUCUGGAUCUGUCAGCACUGCGCGUCGAGGGUCGGACACGGCGUCGCUGCGCUCCAUGGCGUCGACCGUGAGCGGUCUGCAGAGGCCCAAUGACGAGCUGGGACGUUACCCGAGCAUUACUCGAGCGACCCCGCCCCAAGUCUACGCUGCAGUCCCAACCGUACGCGGUACAACACCCACGCCCUCGUCAUACACUACCACGUCGUCCGCCGCGAGCUCGUACAAGGCUUCAAUCACCACGUCGUACGCUUCGUCUCGCGAGGCGGCGGCACAGGCAGCGGCAGCAGCAGCAGCCGCGCCCAGCCUGAGUUCAAAGCCUUCGAUGUCGAGGUCGUCGUCUGAAUCCCAAUCGCACUCGCCACACCCUCCCCUCCCCAACGCGACCUCCCCCUACCAGACCUCGACCUCGUACCAAACGUCUACAACGUCGUACCAGUCGACCACCUCGACCUCGUCUGCCCAGUCAACGCCUCGUCCGCCCUCGGCUGCGGGCUCUCACGCCCCGUCAACAUACACACCGUCAAAGGCAAUGUCAAUAAGGUCGGUCAUCACCCCAUCAACCGCGGCCAGUCGGCAUACGGAUAAUUUCCACUUUCCUCGCCCAGACGAUGAGACUGUCGAAGCCAUGUUCGCCGAGCUGGUGAACAACCGCGACAUUGAGGGCGGCUCCAUUGCCAACGCGUCUGUCUCGUCGCGCCAUUCGACCCAGUCUGUCGCCUCGGCAGUGGCACGGACGACUCAGACCCUCGGUGUCAACACCAAAUGGCAAAUGGUCGAGGCCGACGCUCGCUCGCGCUUUGAGACACAGAAACGUCACAAGGCCAAGGAGGACGAGGCGGUCAGGAUGGGACGUGGUCGACGCUCGGCAGCCGCUCUGUCAAGAGACAGUCCCGAGUACAUUAUCCGCAAGGUCCUCGACAACCAGCUUGCCAAGAACCACCUGGCGACGCUCAACGUCAGUCUCCGAACACAGCCGUUAGACUGGAUACGCGAAUUCAUGGACUUGAAGGGCCAAGUCGUCCUUGCGAACUACCUCAACACUCUGACCCACCGGCGGAGCAAAGGCGGCAUCGACGUGGACAUGGAGCUUGAACUGCUCAAAUGUCUCAGGCGCUCGCUCAACAACAAGAUUGGCGCGACCGAUGCGAUCAAGCAGCCGCAAAUCAUCUACUCUAUCGCCCACUCGCUCCUCUCGCAGCACGUCCAGUGUCGCAAGGUCGCAGCCGAGAUUCUCGUCUUCUUCUGCCACUGGGACGCUCAGAGCCCCGACCGUGUUGGCCUCUCAAUUGUCCUGCGAGCGUUCGAGCAACUCGAGUCCCAGCACAACGCCCAGGUCGGCGUCAACAGCAAGGUGUCCAAGUUUGAGCGCUGGAUGCGCCAGACGGAGGACUUUGCCCUCAGCCGAGGGCGGAUGGGCAGCGUCGUUGGAGCCCAGGGCGUCGUCAAGGGCAUGGAUGCGCAAGCAGCCGUGGACUACUGCGUCACCAUGAUCUGUCUCCUCCAGGGCCUGACCUCGGCCACGGACCUCCGCACUCGUGUCUCGGUCCGAGGCCAGCUGGACGUGGCAAACGUCCCGCGUGUCCUGGGGACGAUGAAGGAGUGGAACGACGCUGGUAUGGCGCGCCUCAUCCGCCAGUACGAGGAAGAGGAGGAAGCCGACCGCCGCGACCUCGCCGCCGAGCAGAACCGCAAUACGUUGCAGUCGUUCAAGUCCCCCGAGGAUGUUCUGCGUGCUCUCCUGGAGAGCACAAAGGGCACCAAGGCCAGCGGAUACCUCAUGAACACGUUCCGCCACCUCUUGCUCAUCAAGGAGGAAGGCGCCGAGCGCGACCGGUUCUACCAACUCAUCGACCAGCUCAUUCAAAGCAUUGUCAUGCACGACUCGCCCGACCUCAACCAAGAGUUUGGUCGCGCAUUCGGCAUCUCAGUGUCGCAGUUGGUCGGCAAGUUUGUCGAGCAGCAGCGCAUGAACGAUGCGCUCGUCGAGAUCCGCGACACCAAGACCAAGCUCGCUCAAGUCGAGCGCGAAAAGGCCGACCUGUCCGAGGAGAUUGCGCAGGGCAACCAGGGUCUUGUCGGUCGUCUCAAGGCCCAGGUGGCUGAUCUCGAGGAGAGGUUGAAAAAGUCGCGUACGGCCACCGAGAACCUUCGUGACCAGAUGGAGGGCAUGAAGCGUGACUAUGAACAGCGCAUCACCGACCUGGAGCUCUACAUCCAGGAGCUGUUUAACAUGCUUCGCGAGACCAACCACCUCGACCAGGUGCAGUCCAUGACCAACGGGCCCAUCGACCGUGCCAGGCUCAUCCACGAUCUUCGCGAGCAGUGGGAGCGCAAGAAGACUAUCCGCAAGCUCGAGGGCCGCAAGAAGAGGCGCGGCACAAACGCAAGCAGCGCUGCCGGCGACAGUGACAGCGACUCGGAGGAAGAAGGCGAGGACCACGGUGCUGAUAGGUCUGGCAAGAAGGAGAAGAAGACCCGCCUCGUUCGUCCCAAGGACGGUAAGGGUGGCGACGCCAGCAGCAGCAGCAAGGACGCUGCCAGGGCUACCAUUGUUUCUGGUUCGCAGUUUAUCGACGCCGAGGAAGACUCUGUGCGCGUUCACAUCGAGAAUGCGCUUUCCGAGGGCGCCGACCGCGUUUCGCCUCCUCGUUUCGGCACGACGUCAUACCGCAGCACGCGUACCGAACGUCGCACUGCUUUGAACGCACCUCCCAUCCAGGAAAAGUCGGCACUGCGCUUGUCCAAGAAGCCAGCCCUCCCACCACGCUUCCUCGAGGAAAUCCGAUACCGCGCCUUGUCUCGCAGCUCGUCUGCCCCAGCCAACAUCAACUUGAAUCUCGACGAAGAGGACGAGGACGGAGAAAACGGCCCGAUCGACCACGAACUCUUGCGCCAGAGCUUGCUCAACAAUGUGCCCCUGGAAUUCAUGCAGACUGUCCCCAUGGACUUUAUCAACAAGCGCGACAGCUUUGCUCAGCAGGUGCUCAGCCGCGCAAGGACCAUCCGCUCCGGUUCGGCCGAGCCCGACGACUUCCUCCCCACUGGAGGAUCUCCCGCACUGCCCACUCUGGACGAGGACGACGAGGCCAGGGCAUUGGAACAGGAGCAGGAGCAGGAGCGGGCUGUGGCGGACGGUACAGUGGCUCAUCCUCCACCCCCUCCUCCUCCACCACCUCCUCCACCCCCCCCUCCGCCUCCGCCUCCGCCUCCUCCUCCCCCGCCGCCUCCUGGACCCGGUGGACCUCGCUUUGGUCUCGGAAUCAGUGGUAUGGGUGGAGCCGGAGGACCACCACCUCCUCCACCGCCGCCGCCGCCACCACCCCCACCCCCACCUGGUGGAUUUGGUGGUGCUGGUGCCCCUCCUCCUCCCCCACCGCCUCCGCCUCCCCCGGGUGGUCUGGGCCUUCCUGGAGCUGGCGGUCCACCUGGUAUGGCCGGACUUUUGGCUGGUAUCAAGGCUGGUGUCAAGCUCAGCAAGUCGGAGGGCCCCACGCCGCGGUCAACUCCCUCGUCCACUCGCUCACCUACCCCGACCUCUUCGACUGUUCCCCGUGCGCCCAACCAGGGCAUCGGUUCACUUUUCUACGGUGUCAACGACUCGCGCAAGAAUGUCGCGCACAUGGCGUCCAAGAAGAUGAAGCAGCUCCAGUGGGACAAGGUGUCCAAGACCCAGCUUCAAAAGACCAUCUGGUCUGCUCCGGAAAACCCCACUGUCGAGGAGACGUUUGUUCAGCGCUUCAAGGCGGCCGACCUGUGGUCCGAGAUGGAGGACGAGUUCAAAGCGCGAGAGAUUGUCUACGACGCUGUCAAGAAGAAGAAGGAGGCCGAGCUCCUCAGUGUGCUUUCCCCCGACCUUCGCAAGCGCAUCGAAAUUCUCAUGGCGGGCAGCACGGCCAAGUCGUUCAAGGACCCCGAGCGACUCAGCGAGGCCAUUGCCAACUUCAAUGCCGAGCUCUGUACCGAGACCUUCCUCCACGAACUGCUCGGUGUGCUCCCCAACGACGACGACCGUGGCAAGCUCCUCACUCACAGUGCCGACUCGGAGGCCGAGCUCGAGUUGCUCCACCCUGCUGACCGUCUCAUGGUCCGCCUCAUCCAGCUCCCGCACUUGGCCGACCGUGUCAAGGGCAUGCUGUUCCAGGUCCGCUUCCAGCAAAACGUCGAGCUGCUUCAGCGAUCAUUGGACCUCCUCAUCGAGGCCUGUCGCGACCUGCGCGGCGCCAAAAAGUUCCAGACGCUGCUCAAUGUCAUUCUUACCAUGGGCAACUAUCUCAACGGUACCAACUUUGCCGGUGGCGCCUACGGUUUCAAGAUUGGCUCCAUCAACAAGCUUGUCGACACAAAGUCGUCCAACGGCCAGAACCUUCUCCACUUCCUGGAGCGUACCGUCUCGCAGCAUUUCCCCGAGCUCGAGGGCUUUGUGGAGGAACUCGCCAAGCCGUCCGAGGCCAACAGGGUCAACUUUGCCGACAUGCAAGCGACAUCCAGGUCGAUGCUUGAGGAGAUUCGCAACAUUCGCAAGUCGCUGGAGAACAACUUCCAGUCCGCCAAUGACGGCUACACGCGCAAAAUGUUCCGCUUCUCUGCCGCUGCCGAAGAGGACCUCCAGGCUCUUCGCGACGGUAUCGUCAAUGCCGAGUCGUCGCUCCGCGACGUGGAGACGUACUACGGAGAAGGCGAGGAGCACGGCCGCCCUGUGCAGAGCCAAGACUUCUUUGGCGUGUUCAGGACGUUCACCUCGUCGUACAAGUUCUGUCGUCAGCAGAACCGCGCCAAGGCCGAGGAGAUUGCGCUGCGCGAGCGCCGUGCCGCUGCCCGUGCCGCACUGUCGCCUCAGCCGACUGGUGCAUCUACGUCGUCGGACACCAACCUCAUCGACGCACGUCUCCAGCGCCUCAAGCUCGAGGGUACGCCGCGCAUCAAGCGCGAGCGUCGCCAGCCGGCUCCCCCGCUUUCACCGCUGCCGGUCACUACCGACUUUUCCGAUUUCAUGCUGCCAAGCGUCGACUCUCAGAACGUCGACUUUGGUUCAUUGGCACAAAAGAUGAUGCUCAACAUUUUCGAAAGCCCAGCAUCGGCAGGUGGUGGCAGCAAGAGCGACAGCCCCAGCCCCAUGGAAAGCCCUACCCGUUCCCAAUUCACUGCUACGCCCGAGGUGCCGACGCUGCUCGCUGACGAUGCGCUCCUCGAGCAACCCGAGGCCGAGCUUCGCGCAGAGGUUGUGGAUUCAAGACGGGACAGCAUUGCGUCGUCUCGUUCUGGAUCUCGUCGUGAGAGUAUGGCUUCAUCUCGUCGUGAGAGCAUGGCUUCAUCUCGCCAAUCUCUCCACUCGCGCACCUCGUCCGCCCGGGAGAGCACUUUGUCUCAUCUCUCCAACCGCGAGAGUAUCCACUCCCACACCCGGACCCACAGCACGCGAUCGCACCGAUCUCAUCCGUCGCAGGCCAGCUCGGAUUUCAGCCUCUCGCAUAGCACCGAUAUUUUCCUGUCUCACAGUACCAUCUCGACACCGAACGACGUGCCUGACGAGGCUGACGAGGACGACCAGCACGACCAUGAUGUGCCCAUGGUGAUUCCACAUCUCGAGGUGGAGGCGCCAAGCUUUGACGAUGCAGACGAGGACGAGGACGACGACGAGUUCCAGUUACCGGAGGGAGCGGAAAUCAUCUACCAUUCGGACCAUGACGAGGACGAAGCAGGCGACGACACAAUCGUCCUUCACACCCUUCACGCGGAGAGCUUGCUACUCUAG